AUGUUAAGAUUGUCUGUUGAUUUGGCCAAAGUGAGACUAACUGGUCGAAUUCCACUAAUACUGACCACCCGCAGUUUCACAACCACAACUGCACUUCUAGCCACACCAAGACAAAAGGAAGGUAAAUCGAAACAAAUCUUGAGAAGAAAAGUAGUUGAAAAGGAAAAAGUCAAGAAAUCUACUAGUUUGACUCAUUAUCCUUUCAAAGAUGCAGUACAGAAUUUGAGUUUGGAGAAAUUGGCACCUUCAAUUGAUUAUGUUGAGCCAUUGACAAAAGACAGUUUAGCCACAUCAACAAUCACUGUAUACCCAGCUGAUAUAGAAGACAAGUUGCGUACUUUCCAAGCAUUUAAGAAAUUUCAACAUCAUGAAAUGUUUAGGAAUCCGGUGUCCCUAACCACUUCGAACACAGUCAAGAUUUACGACGAAUUUGUGAAAAAUCUCGUCAAUGAAUCCAAGACCAAUCGUAAAUACAUUGAUGGUAUCAAAGGAAGUGGUAAAUCUACAUUGGUCAACCAAGCAUUAGCUUUGGCUUUGCAAGAAUUCAAAAAUGAAGUCGUCAUAUUGCAUUUACACUCUGCUGACAUAAUAGGCAACGGUUCAUCUGAUUAUUUCAAGAAUAAUAAGUUGGGAUUAUAUCAACAACCAAUGGCAACGAAGAGAUGGUUACGCAAGAUAUUGGCGGUGAAUAAAGAUAUUUUCCAAAAACUCAAACUAACGGAAGAUGUCAAAUUCUAUCAAGAUAAGCAAGAGUAUAACUUGAAAGCUGGUGAACACACAUUGUAUGAUUAUCUUUCACAAAAUAGGGAAAUUAACAAAGUACAACCAACAAUGGCGUUCCAAUUUUUCGUAAACCAAUUGAAGCAACAUUCCAAAACAAUACCCGUCAUCUUAUCAGUUGACGAUUUCAACGCCAUGGCUGAUUUUUCAAUAACUCAAUAUCGUGCACCGGACUUUAAACCUAUACAUGUAAGCGAAUUUGAAUUGGGUGAUUUCCUUUUGAAAGCAGCAAGUGGUGAAUUGAGUUUUAAUAAAGGUGGGGUACUAUUGGCCAAAUCGUGUGACUUUGCCCCUGCUAGAAAGACCACCCAUGUUGCUGUUUAUCCCAACGAAGAGUAUGAUCCAUAUAUGAAGUACCCUGAUUUGGACAUGUCGGUUUCACAAAGAUUAGUGGCUAAUGGAGGAAUAAAACCAAUCAAAGUUGCCCCUUUGUCCAAGGAUGAAGUUAGAGCAUUAUUAUCAUUUUGGAGAGAUCAACAAGUUUUAAUAACUAGACAAGAUUUCCAUAAAAAGGAGUUCAAUGACGAUCAAGCCGAUGUUGUUGGACAGGAAUUUGAUCCGGAAUUACAAUUUGAGAAAUUGGUACAAUCAAGCUAUGUUGUUUCACAAGGGAACCCAUAUGGAAUCUUGAAACAAAAUUUGAUUAGCUAUUAA